CAGUACAGUCGGGCUCAACGCAACUAGUUUUCCACUUAAGAAAACAAAAAACAUGUGUAAGAGAAAAUAAUUCGUGCCGUCUUACCAAGUGGAGGAAGAGACGUGGAGAGCGACGGCAUGGCAGCUGAGGAUCAACUAACGAGGCAGCGCUGCUUAUGGGGACAGUUUUCUCUCCCCAUUUCACCGUUAUAAUUGUAGCAUAGCUACAGUAGCUCGACCCCAGGACAUCCAGCAACAACCCAACACACCGAGUGGAUAUUCUCUUAAGCAGCAAAUGGCCUGUAUUCUGAUGACAGACACGAACCCAUCCAUUGCCAGUCCAACAACAAUUCAGAGUGGCAUUACCGAAGACCCUCUUCCAGCCACUGGAGAUGAUCCCAAGCAGGAAAUGGAGGCCACUUGUUUGAGUGUACACCUUUACCAUCUUGGAAAUACUCAAAGAAGGGCCAACUGUUCAGAAAACACACUCACAUUUCCAGCUGGGGAGUAUGUAGCAGAGGAACUAUGCAUAAUUGCAGCCAAAGGGUGUGGGAUUAGUCCAGGGUACUGCAGCUUGUUUGGCCUAAUGAGGGAACAUGACCGAAUAUGGUUCCCUCCAAACCACGUCUUUAAAGUGCAGGAGUCGGCUAAUGAGAAGCUGCUCUUCAGAAUCAGGUACUACUUUCCCGGCUGGUACAACAGCAGUAACUCAUCCUGUGCCCACCGCUGUGGAUUAUCUAAAGAGAUGGAAAGCCCAGUAAUGGAUGACUGUGUCAUGGCAUACCUGUUUUCUCAGUGGCACAGUGACUUUCUGAAUGGCUGGGUUCAGAUUCCAGUAAGUCAUGAAGCUCAGGAGGAGUGUUUGGGGAUGGCUGUAUUGGACAUGAUGAGGCUUGCCAAGGAAAAUGAUCAGUCACCAGUGGACAUCUACAAUGAUACCAGCUACAAGUCCUUCCUGCCAAGUUGCAUGCGAAACCGCAUCCAGGAGUAUAACCUCUUGACUCGGAAGAGAAUUCGCUAUCGCUUCAGAAGGUUCAUCCAGCAGUUCAGUGAAUGCAAGGCCACCAUUUGUAACCUCAAGCUGAAGUACCUAAUGAGCCUGGAGAUGCUUCUGCCCUCUCUCUACUCUGAGCGUUUCCAAGUCACUGACCUCUCCUCGCGAGAGGUUACUAUUGUUGUCAUGGGCAACAAAGGCAUCCAGUGGUCUACAGGGAAAGAGGAGGAGGGCGCAGAGGAAGAGCUACAGACAUACUGUGAUUUUCCAGAGGUGAUUGACAUCAGCAUCAAACAGGGCAACAAGGAGGGUUCUGCAGAGUGUCGGAUAGUUUCCCUCACCAGACAGGACAACAAUAUCCUGGAGCUGGAGUUUCAUUCGCUGUCAGAGGCGCUGUCAUUUGUGUCAUUGGUUGAUGGGUAUUACCGACUAGUCGCAGAUGCUCAUCAUUACCUGUGUAAAGAGGUGGCUUCACCAAGACUCUUGGAGUGCAUUCAGAAUUACUGCCACGGCCCUGUUUCGAUGGAGUUCACAAUUAGCAAACUACGCCAGUCGGGUAACUACCAAGGCCUGUACAUUCUUCGCUGCAGUCCCAGGGACUAUGACAAAUACUUCAUGUCAUUCGUUGUGGGGUAUGAAACCGUGGUGGAAUAUAAGCAUUGUCAGAUUCUUAAGACGGAAUCAGGAGAAUACAUUCUGAAUGGUGCCAAGAGAAGCUUUGGUUCACUCAGAGAGCUGAUGCAUUGCUAUCAAAAGGAGGCACUCCGCACUGAUGGCUACACAUUUCAGCUGAGCAAGUGUUGCCCACCCAGCCCAAAAGACAAAUCCAACCUGUUGGUGUGCAGAAAUAAUCAGGGGACAGACAUCUCUACAUCUCUGUCCCUACACAAACACAUCAGCCAGAUGGUUUUCCACAAGAUCCGCAAGGAGGACCUUACCUUUAAUGAAAGUCUGGGCCAAGGAACAUUUACUAAGAUCUUCUGCGGGGUGAGGAAGGAGCAGGGGGACUAUGGCGAGAUACACCAGAUGAACGUUGUCAUCAAAAUUCUGGACAAGGCUCAUCGCAAUUAUUCAGAGUCAUUCUUUGAGGCAGCCAGCAUGAUGAGCCAGCUCUCCCAUAAGCACUUGCUCCUCAACUAUGGCGUGUGUGUUUGUGGUGAUGAAAACAUGAUGGUGCAGGAAUAUGGUAAAUUUGGGUCUCUGGAUAUCUACCUGAAAAAGAAGAAAUCUUCAGUUAACAUCACCUGGAAGCUGGAAGUGGCCAAGCAGCUCGCCUGGGCUAUGCAUUACCUGGAAGAUAAAAACCUUGUUCAUGGAAAUGUUUGUGCCAAGAAUGUUCUUCUGAUCAGAGAGGAGGAUCGGAAAAUGGGCAGUCUUCCCUUCAUCAAGCUCAGUGACCCCGGUAUCAGCAUCGCCGUGCUGCCCAGGGAAGUUCUGGUGGAGCGUAUCCCGUGGGUGCCCCCUGAGUGCAUUGAAAUCCCACAAAAUAUGAGUUUAGCCACAGACAAGUGGGGUUUUGGGACCACCCUUUGGGAAAUCUGCAGUGGAGGAGACAAACCGCUCAGCACAUUGGAUUGCUCAAAGAAGUACCUGUUUUAUGAGGACAGACACCAGCUGCCGGCUCCCAAAUGGACAGAGCUAGCCAAUUUGAUAAACAGCUGCAUGGACUAUGAGCCUUCACACCGACCCUCGUUCAGAGCCGUCAUCAGGGAUCUCAACAGUCUCUUCACUCCAGAUUAUGAGCUGCUGGUGGAGAGCGACAUGGUGCCAAGCAGGACACGAGGCUUUGGCUUCCCGUGGGCGUCUGAGAACCAGGAGCCGGCCCAGUUUGAGGAAAGGCACCUCAUCUUCCUCAAGCAGCUCGGCAAAGGAAACUUUGGCAGUGUUGAGAUGUGCAGGUACGACCCCCUGCAGGACAGCACAGGGGAAGUGGUGGCUGUGAAGAAACUGCAGCACAGUACAGCUGAGCACCUUCGGGACUUUGAGCGGGAAAUAGAGAUCCUCAAAUCCCUUCAUCACGACAACAUUGUGAAAUACAAAGGAGUGUGCUACAGUGCAGGGCGAAGGAACCUCCGACUGAUCAUGGAGUAUCUCCCGUUUGGCAGCCUGAGAGAUUAUCUAAUCAAACACAAGGACCACUUUGACUCCAAGCGACUGCUUCACUUUGCAUCCCAAAUUUGCAAGGGUAUGGACUAUCUUGGCAUGAGGCGUUACAUUCACAGAGACCUUGCCACACGGAACAUUCUGGUGGAGAGCGAGAUGAGAGUUAAAAUUGGUGAUUUUGGCCUGACCAAAGUGCUGCCACAGGACAAAGAGUACUACACUGUCAGAGAGCCUGGGGAAAGUCCUAUCUUUUGGUAUGCUCCAGAGUCCCUGACAGAGAGUAAGUUCUCUGUGGCAUCAGACGUUUGGAGUUUUGGUGUUGUCCUCUAUGAACUCUUCACUUACAGUGACAAGAACUGCAGCCCACCAGCGGUUUUCAUGGAGAAGAUGGGAAAUGAAAAGCAAGGCCAGAUGAUCGUCUAUCAUUUGAUUGACCUGCUGAGGGAUGGAUACAGGUUGCCUGCUCCUGACGAUUGUCCAAAAGAGAUUCACAAGAUGAUGAUGGACUGCUGGAGCAAUGACACAAAACUGCGGCCUACGUUCAAGACGUUAAGCCGGCUUGUUGAGGCUGUUCGAGACGACAAGACCACAUAACCUUUAUUGAUUCCUAAACAUUGGACCCGUUGGCAUUUGACUUGCGCGAAUUAGUCAUCAGACCAAUUAAUUUCUUGGCUUUGCAGCAGCAGUUUGAGGUUGAAUUGAUGGUGAUGUUCAAUCUUUUAGUAGUUUGCUUCUAUGGCCACCGAUAAAUCUGAUAAAAUGAGCACACUACAACUAUCUCCAUCACUGAACAAGAAGCUCUUUGUGUUUCCCUGAGGAGCAUUCCAUGUUUUAUAAAUUCUAUUUUCAUUGUUUUAUUUUUGCAUAAUGCCUUUGUGGUGCUAGAACAAGCAGCAGUUGUGCGGUAUUGUAAAAUGAAACAUAUUUUCAUAAACAGAAGCCUGGGAUUCUUCACAAACUGUCAGCUGUCUGACUGCACGUGAACUCAAGAAGAGGACAUUUUUACUUGAACUCCUCCUCAUGGGACGGCUCAUGUGGCAGUAUUUUUGUUAAUGGCUGAAACGGAGCAGUAUUUCUGUGCUGACACUCUUCUAUGUCUAUUUAAGAACAGCUACUAUACUUCUGUCACAGUGGGACUCGCAGUCGAGACGUUUUGCAUCAAGUUUCUGCCGUUAGCGUUGAACUGCUGAGGAAGAUUUGGUGAUCUGCUGAAGGAAUAAGAGAAACAGCAGUGUUUGUUUGUCUUCAGUGGUUUUUAUUUACUAAUGUUCAUUUACGUCUCAGAGGUGGAAGUUGGCACCAAUUUCCUUUUUUUAUAUUUACAUCAGUUCAUGUAAUUUGGGGGAGAAAGGAACAUAUCAGAGGUUCGGCGUGAAGGGCUGAUGAGCAUCUGAGAGCUUGGUGCAAACUUACAACCCAAAUUCUGAAAAAUAAAAACAUAAUAUAUCGUAAAACCCAAAUGUUAUUUACAAUAGAACACAGAAAACAUAUGUUGAAAGGACCAUCGUAAGGAAAAAAAAAAAAGAUGAUUUUAAAUUUGAUGGUAGCAGCACAUUUAAAAAAAAUUUGGUAUUGGAUGAUAUUAACCGCAGUGUAGUAUCCCAACUUCUUUAGAACAGCUUUUAAAGGCCAAUCUUAGGACUCACUUUUAUUAUUAUUCUUUUUCAUUAUAUUUUUUGUGUUUAAUCAUUCGCCAAAUAUUUUCAGUUGGUGAAACUUCUGGACUGCUGGCAGUCCUGUUCAGCACCUGAACUCUUUUAUUACAAAGUUGUGCUUUUGUGCCAGACCCAGCACAUCGUUUAGCAUUGCCUUCCACUCUGUGGAAAAGAAAUCGUCUAAAUUGUAGAAAUGUUGCACUAAAACCUGCACAUACUUUUCAGCGUGAUAUUUCCUGUCCAGAUUUGCAAGCUACCCCUGCUAUAGGGAAUAGUGUAAGCCCAUACAUGCAGCCGUUUGAAGUGAGUGUUGAUAACAAGCCAGAUAGUCCCUCUCCUCUUAAACCAGAGGAGGCAACAUCCAUGGUUUCCAAAAUAUCAGACUUUGAUUCAUCUGAGCACAUGACAGUUUUCCACUCUGCCUCAGUCCCUUUGAAAUCAGCUCUAGUCCAGAGAAGAUGGUGAUAUUUCUGGAUCAUGAUCACAAAGGGCUUCUUUUUUCCACAAUAGUGCUUCAACCUGCGUAUGUGGAUGGCAUGGUGAACUGUUUUCUCAGACAGUAAUAUGUAGAAGCGUUCCUGAGCUCAUGCAGCGACUUUCGUUGCAGAAUCAUGCAAGGCAGCUUGAGUGUCUGAAAAUCAUUGCCAACCAAUACAGAUUUUUUUCGGUAUCAUCUGUUGAUUUGUCUCUACAGGGCCCAGUCCUGCCAUACGCCAGAUAUUCUGUCUUUACAAUUAGUUAUGCUUGAGAAACCGUUUAAAAAACUGUCUUCAAAUUGUUAGAUCGUUGAACCUCUUCACAUUGACAAUGAAGUUUUUAUUCCCAAUCAUGUCACUGACAUGUUAUCAGUUAACCUAAUUAGUUGCAAGAAGUUUCAUUAGAAAUCUAUCCUCUUUUUUUUUUUUUUUUUUAUUGCCGCUUAUUUUUACCAGUCCUUUGUUUCCCAUGUCCCAAUUUUGAGGCAUGUAGCUGCCAUUAAAGUCAAAAUGAAUAUUUUUUUCAGUAAAUGGAAAAAGGCCUCACUUCCAGAAUUUGACACGUUUUUUUAUUUUGAAUAAAAUACGGAUUUAUAUUUGCAAAUCAUUACAUCCUGCUUUAAUAUACAUUUUAUACAGUGUAUUUUAUUUCUAGAAUCAGGCUUGUAUAUUAGUGUUCUAAGCUAAGAAUGUUUUUUUAUUAACUUGUAAAUGUUUUUAUAAAAGGAUUUUGACAUUUUGAAUGUUACAAGGCUUCUUUUUCUGCAUGUAAAUGUAAAGCUGAAUGUGAGAGGGAACUGAUGAAAACUUGAGGUGCCUUCUUUCUCAUUUUUUUUCCAUAAAACAGAUGCGUGUCACACAGACACAUAAAUGUUUACCAAAGUUAAGAAAAAAUGGUGGAAAGGUGAAGAAUUGUAAAAAAAAAAAAAAAAAAAAAAAAAAGUGGAACUUUAUUCCAGUUCAGGAUUGGUUGUUUCAAAAUUGUGAAAUGGGACAUAUCCUUUUUUUUCUUCUUUUGAAUUAAACUAUUAAUGUGAUGAAUGUGUUGGUGUCCCAAGAUUUUGAUAAAAAAAAAAUUGAAUUACCCUUAAACUGGGGAUGUUUUCUCAAUUUUAAUUAUGUAGAAAUAUGACACAUUGUGUUUAGAAGUAAAUAUUAAAAAAUGUGGAAUGUAAAUUAUGUUCUGUUAUGUUAUUAAACUUUUUUUUGUGAUAACA